UGCCGAGAACUGGCAGUUAUCGGUGCCAAGCAGUGCCACCCGCAAGUUCCGCCCAGCAGUGCGCCCACUAGCUCCGCCCACCUGUGCCCAGCAGAUCACCCACCUGUGCCCAGCAGUGCACCCACCUGUGCCACUCUGCAGUGCCACCUACCUGUGCCCAGGCGUGCCACCUAUUUGUGCCCAGCAGUGCCACCCACCUGUGCCCACCAGUGCCACCCACCUGUGCCCACCCACCAGUGCUGCCCACCAGUGCCACCCACCAGUGCAGCCCAGCAGUGCUGC